GCGUAUGUCGAGAUACACCAACUGUGAAGAAUAGUCUUUGACAAUUACCAAUAGUGUCCACUGUCUUUAACUAGUGUUCUGUUUCCAUUUCAACUUUGGUUUAUUGUUCUAUGUCACAAGAUUUCAAAGUUUACUUGCGUUGUUUCUUGUACUGCAUUGGUAAUGUUGUAUCUAAUAAUUGUAAUGUUUGUUGAAACCUUAUAUUAUAAGGAAUGAGAAAUGGUUUGUCUUUGUAACUUUCUCUUAGAAGAGGAAGUUACAAUUCGAAAUGUCAAAUACAGACGUCCAUUUUGUCAUUUCCUCAAAAUUUGAUAGGUUAUAUCAUAGAGAAAGGACAAUUUUUCUCUAUGGUAAUAUUAUGACUGUAGAUGUUUUGCUUUCCAUCGAGUUUUUUGAAGAAAAAGCGCGCCGCUUAGGGGGACUCGACUAUUUUUUAAGGAACUUUAUUUACAAUGAUGUGAAAAUUAUAUCUUUUAAACAAAAAUAUGUUUUACUCAUUCUAUUUUUAACUGUAUUUCAAUGCAAUAAAGAUAAAAGUAAACAAUAUUUUGGAAGCAGUUUUGAUUAAAAUAAAGAAAUAAAACAAACUAACGAUUCGGUGGUUGUAAAACAUACCUCCUAAUAAAAAUGGUAUGGCCCAAUAACCAGCGUAAACAAUAACAAGUGCAUGUGACAAUGAUACUCGUGUUGUGUGUGGGCGUAACCUUGGUCACCUGACGGAUUUUAGACUUGUGGAUAAGUCGUGAAAUGGCUGUCGGAUCAUUACGCCACCACCACGAAUAGACUAUCUUACCGCAACAAAUCAUAAACGACUUGUUCACAAGUCUAGACGGUUUUGUGCAUGGGUUUGAUUGCACAAUCACAAUAGCAAUAGAGAAACCUAUAUAAAGAUUUAAUUCUACAGCUAUUACUCGUGCCGGCCUAGCUAAGUGGUUACUUCGCUUGAAACUCUAAAGACUUAUCUUUGAUUAAACCCCCUACCACUGGCGCCAUCCGGCAUUUUUUGUCUUUCUUUUUUCUUACCACACUCUUUCAAAAUAAAACAGUUUUUGUAACAUUUUGCUGCAUAGUUGAGCUCAUUUUGAGUAUAAUUUAGCUCUUCUUUCUCUGAUUGUUGAAGUUAAGAUUUAUUGAUGAGCUCUGGAUGAUAAAUAGAUCAUUAUGUAUUUCUACCUUCAUGAAUGGAUUGACUGUCUCGUCAGCAUGGUGUUAAUUGCCAAAAGUGCACAAUGCCUUUCACUUCAUGAUAUAAAAACUGAUAAAGGCACAUUCCCAAUGAAGAAAUUCGUUCAAUAAAUUGUUUUUAAUUCUGAGAAGAAUUCAAGGACGCGAGUGCGCGCAGCCAACGGAACUACCCAGAAAUUCAAUAGCUGGAUACUGCUCAUUUAAAAGACUGAGGUAGUCUUGUUACAAGGACCACUUCUUUGUGUACCUCUCCAUGGAUUAACUGUCCCAUCCCACUGACCCCGAAACCAGUUUACAUCAUCAAGCAUUGAUCUACCGUCACACUUCACUACUUGCACGCUGUACACACGACACCAAACUGCCCGCAGUUUUAGCAUCAUCCAUUUUGCUGUUUGCUCUCCACUGAAACUCUGUUUUUGAGGAAUUGGUGAAAUGGAGAACGAUAAACUGGGAAGUGAGGCAACUACAACUUACGAUUCGACAGACCUACUGCUUCAAUUAAAAGGCCUACAGAGUGUAGCACAGAAGAAGAGUUUUAUUUCACUGAGGAAUUGGCUCUCUUUUGAUCUUAGCUGGUUGCCGCUACUGUUUGCGUUCUUCUUGAGUCUUUCUAUUAUAAUACCGUAUUGUAUAGCUGUUGCACUCGGUCACGUCAAGCCAAUAUUUCCAUCAAUAAGUGACGAUGGAGCUACACCGCCUGAAAGUUGUUUAUUCAGUCAAUUUCUCAAUCUUGCAUCAUUUUUCGGUUUCGCCACAGCUUUAACCCGCUAUAAACAGGUGAAGGGUUACAACCCUGAGGUCCCAUGGAACGUUCUAAAAUGGAAUAAAGGGGGAUUCUUCUUCGGAUCCUUGGCAGUGUCGGGGAUGAGCAUUGUGGCAAACUUCCAGAUAACCAAUAUAUACAUUGUCCACAUAUUUGGAGCGAGUAUGUGCUUCAUUAUGGGUACCGUUUAUGAGUUCAUCCAGACAUGGAUUUCUUUCAAGCUGACACCUCAGCACUGCUCUCUACAAACGAGUCGUCUGCGAUUGUCGCUGUCCAUCGUAACUCUGCUCUUCAUGAUAUCAUUUGCCUUGUUUGAUAUGUUGGGUGAAUACAGAGGGUUUCCGCAAGAUUUGCGCUCUAUCUUCACGGAUGUCAGUGCAAUGUCGGAGUGGGCUACUGCAUUCUCUGGUAUGUUCUUCUUCCUCACGUUUGUCCACGAGUUUCAGACCUUCGGGGUUGAACAGUGUCAUAGGUCACUGCAUUUAAAAUAUGACUCCCUUGUAUAGACCUUAUGCAUUGACCUCAUCCAGCCGCCGUCUUAGAGGAAAAAAAGGAGACAAAACAAUCACAGUACUGGCCAAUGAACAGCCUCCUUUUGACCUCUAGGUGAGGGCGCCCUACUUUUGAAAUGACGUAAUGUGCAUAACGUGUUUAGACUGUAGCGAAUGCUCCUUUGUUGCUAUGAUUAUGUUGAGUAAUUACCAAUAGUGUCCACUGCCUUAAAGGCACUGAACACCUUUGAUAAUUGUCAAAAACCACUAUUCUUACAUUACUUUGGUGUUGAGGCUUGAUUCUUGAAGCUGCAGCCUAGCCUAUGUGCCCCUCUUUACUGCAUUGGGUUCACGUUGAUAAGGGCGGUAUUUCAAUGGGUGGCGCUUCCAAUGAUGACUUGGUGUUAGGGUACGCACUCAACCAUAAUUCAUAAAAUAACAAAUCUGUGAAAAUGUGGACUCAAAUGGUCACCCUAGUGGCUAGUUGCAAGAGAAUAAUGAAAGAAAAAACACCCUUGUGGUUUUCAGACAGAUGGCUUUAUUUAAUUAAGUAAUAUAAUAAUACUAACAAGGCCUCAGGUCUGAAGCCUGCAGUUUUAAAUAUUUGAGAUUUGAGUGAGAAUUUACCUUUUUCUCAAAAACUACGUUACUUCAAUCAUCAAUUCAGCAACCUAUGGUCAUCAGACUCGUGAGAGAAACCCCAUGAUUGAAAAAGGAAGCACACUGUCACUUGUUGUUUGUAAACAAACUCUAAAAGCUCGCCACCAACGAUAAGGCGACUGAACUUCUCUUUGAGGUAAUUUAUUAAUUUUCGAUUUGAAAGUUGCUUUUCUUAAAUAUACGUUUUGCUCUUAUAGUCUUAUUCUAUUUUUUUUUUUUACUAACCUGAUGUACAUU